AUGGCUGACAAACGUCCCUUCAGAGUUGUGAUUGUCGGCGCGAGUGUCACGGGGCUUAGCCUGGCAAACAUGCUCCUGGCCAAUGGCAUCGACUUUCUGGUGCUGGAGGCUUAUCCCACUGUAGCGCCUCAGGUCGGGGCUAGCAUCGGGCUACUACCUCAUGGAAAUCGCAUCCUAGACCAGCUCGGCUUAUAUGAAAGAGUCAUGGGAAUCGCGCCUCCCAUACAGACUUUCAAUUUCCGAGACACGAAUGGUCAAAUUCUAGCCUGUCAUCGAGAGAUGGAUAAGCGCAUUAUCGAGAGGCAUGGAUACCCCAUGGUCUUCCUCGACAGGCAGAUGCUUCUCAAAGUGCUUUACAACAGUAUAAGGGAUAAGACAAAAGUCUUGACACACAAGCGAGUUGUCAGGACUGAUUUGGUCAAUGGGGGAGUUCAUGCAGUCACAUCAGACGGAACGAUUAUUGCUGGUGACAUUCUUGUUGGAGCAGAUGCGCACAAGUUCCAUCCGGUGGAUGGCCAAGGUGGCAACGCUGCUAUUGAGAGCGCGGCUCUACUGACGAACAACCUCGUGAAUGCACUCAAACGGAGCCCUUCAGGACGUCUCACCACCGUCCAAGUCGAGUCCAUGUUCGCAGAUGUCCAAUCUCGGCGCAAGCCCAGGCUGGCACUCAACCAUCGUUACUCACAUAACCGCGCGAACACGGAAGCACUUGAUACGCCUCUGAAGAAGCUUAUGACGAUCCAUCUGCUUCCGCUGGUAGAUGAGCAAGUCGUCACUCUUGGCUAUUGCUCUCAACAUCCUGGUGGGGAAAUGCUGGAUAUGCUUCCAGUGCAUCACCAUGAGAACUUGACACCAUACAAACAGGAACUGCUUUGCGAGCCAACGUCAAGAGGCAGCAUACAAUGGGUACUAGUGGUGACGUAUGUGGUCUUCACAGUUAUCGCAGCCUCUGCAGGCAAAUACGGUCCUAAUCCAACCGAUGGAUCUGUUCCGCAUGACCACUGGAUCGACAAGGCUUCGAUAUUGAGUCUCGAGGCUCUAAAGGUCAACGCAUUUGGCCAUUCCAUCCAACCCAUCGUCAUUGUCAUGGUUGAAGGCUAUCGCGGAAGAAACGAACUCACGCCUCUUGGACUACCUGCCUUGUGGCUCAUGAUCAUUCAAUGCGCCGGAAUCGGAGUCGCCAUGCCGUUAUACUAUCUUUUCUACACCUUGAUAUCGGAUAUCGAUUUUACUGGUGGUCUCUGA